AGCUGGUGGCCGCGGCCGCCGCGGGAUGCUCGCGCUGUACCCGGAGCAGGACGGAGCGAGUCCCAGGCCCUUCGAAACCGAGUGAGCAGGCCCGCCCGCCCAAGCACCAUCCUCGCCAUGGCUCCCGGAGAGAAGAUCAAAGCCAAAAUCAAGAAGAAUCUGCCCGUGACGGGGCCCCAGGCGCCCACGAUCAAGGAGCUGAUGCAGUGGUACUGUCUGAACACCAACACGCACGGCUGCCGCCGCAUCGCGGUGUCCCGCGGCCGCCUGCGCCGCCUGCUCUGGAUCCUCUUCACGCUGACCGCCGUGGCCCUGAUCAUCUGGCAGUGCGCCCUGCUUGUCCUGUCCUUCUACACCGUCUCCGUGUCCAUCAAGGUCCACUUCCAGAAGCUGGAUUUCCCCGCGGUCACCAUCUGCAACAUCAACCCUUACAAGUACAGUGCCGUGAGGCCUCUGCUAGCCGACCUGGAGCAGGAGACCAGACAGGCCUUGAAGACCCUGUAUGGCUUUUCGGAGGUCGGGUCGAGGACACGCCGAGAGGCCGAGCCCCGCAGUUCGGCGUGGGAGGGCACCCAGCCCAAAUUCCUCAACCUGCUCCCGCUGCUGGUCUUCAGCGAGGGGGAGACCAGCAAGGCCACGGACUUCCGCACGGGGCGGAAGCGGAAAGUCAGCGGGACCAUCAUUCACAAGGCGGCAGACGUGGUGCACGUCCACGAGUCCAAGGAGGUGGUGGGGUUCCAGCUGUGUUCGAACGACACGUCCAAGUGUGCCGUCUACACCUUCAGCUCGGGGGUCAAUGCCAUCCAGGAGUGGUACAAGCUGCACUACAUGAACAUCAUGGCACAGGUGCCCCUGGAGAAGAAGAUCAACAUGAGCUACUCGGCCAAGGAGCUGUUGGUCACCUGCUUCUUCGACGGGGUGUCCUGUGAUGCCAGGAACUUCACGCUUUUCCACCACCCGAUGCAUGGGAAUUGCUACACGUUCAACAGCAAGGAGAACGAGGUGGUCCACAGCACGUCCAUGGGAGGCAGCGAGUAUGGCCUGCAGGUCAUCCUGUACAUCAACGAAGAGGAGUACAACCCCUUCCUGGUGUCCUCCUCCGGGGCCAAGGUGAUCGUCCAUCGGCAGGACGAGUACCCCUUCAUCGAGGACGUGGGCACGGAGAUCGAGACGGCGAUGGCCACCUCCAUAGGGAUGCGCCUGAUCUGCCUCCACUCCUGCUUCCAGAACAAGAUGGUGGAAAAAUGUGGGUGCGCCCAGUACAGCCAGCCCCUCCCUCCGGGAGCCAGCUACUGCAACUACCAGCAGCACCCCAACUGGAUGUACUGCUACUACGAGCUGUACCAGGCCUUCGUCCAGGAGCAGCUGGGCUGCCAGGCGGUGUGCCGGGAAGCCUGCAGCUUUAAGGAGUGGACCCUGACCACCAGCCUGGCACAGUGGCCAUCCGUGGUUUCCGAGAAAUGGCUGCUGCGCGUUCUCACUUGGGACCAAGGCCAGCAAAUAAAGAAGAAGCUCAACAAGACGGACCUGGCCAAGCUGUUGAUAUUCUACAAAGACCUGAACCAGAGGUCCAUCAUGGAAAGCCCUGCCAACAGCGUGGAGGUGCUGCUGUCCAACUUCGGCGGCCAGCUGGGCCUGUGGCUGAGCUGCUCCGUGGUCUGCGUCAUCGAGAUCUUCGAGGUCUUCUUCAUCGACUCCUUCUCCAUCAUCGCCCGCUGCCAGUGGCAGAAAGCCAAGAAGUGGUGGACCCAGAGGCAGGCGCCCCCCUGCCCCGAGGCGCCCGCCGGCCCCCGGGGCCAGGACAACCCGGUGCUGGACAUGGACGACGACCCGCCCACCUUCACCUCCGCUUUGCGCUUGCCCCCAGCCCUAGGGGUGCAGGUGCCGGGCACGCCGCCUCCCAGAUACAACACCUUGCGCUUGGAGAGGGCCUUCUCCACCCAGCUCGCAGACACCCAGGUGCCGGCUGAGUCCUGAGACAGGGGAGGAAGGAGGGAUGUAGCCGGGACCGCCGGCCACGGUCUGAGAACUCGGACCCUGUCUCCUGCACACGCAGGGGACCUUGACGGAAACUCUGCCUUGAACAACAGGAUGGGGCCUGGGCACGUGCAGAGGACCUGCUAGACCCUGCCCGGCAGCUGUCACAGCUGUCUGGGACGAGGCGGGUCCUGCAGCCCAGGCCCUCUGCACAUCUGCCGUGGAGAGCGGUGGGGCCGAGGCAAUGCCUCCAGCCUGGGCCAGGGCCGCACACGGAGCCCGACGGGGCCCUCGCUGGACUUUGAGAGAGUCUCUGAAGCCUCCAGCCGGGCUGGGGCCCAGGAUGUGACCUCAGGCACCGAGGCCGGGCGACACCGCCUGGUGCCAGAGACAGGAGUAAGCUCCAGCUGUGGGGCCGGAGCUGCUGGUGAACGAGCCGUUCUUCUUACUGACAUCGGCCCAAGGUCUCCUCGGGCAGAGCUGGCCCAAGGCCCUUGGCGUGCGUGUAGGGGAAGGGCUCAGUGAGGGGAGGCCCGGGGCCGUGGCAGGAGGCCCUCGCUCUGGGGACGGGCACGGGGCCACGUGUGGGCAGCUCAGCCAGUGCCGUGGGCCCCUUUCCCAAGCAGAGAGGAGCCAGUUAAAGGGCACUGCUGGACACUCCUGUCCAGUGGCGGCCCAAGAGUAAAGGGGCCACCCCCUGACACUGCUCUCUGCCAAGACAGACCCCUCCACCCACGCCUGCACCUCUCCAACGAGCCGAUGCGGCAGACAGCCCACUCCCCCCACACUCACACCCCCAGCACCCCCCACGUGAAGCACUGAGCAGGCGUCCACAUCAGCACGAGGCCUGCGUACUGGAUGCUGGGCGCUGGGUUCUGGGUGCUGGGUGCUGGGUGCGUGCUAAGCCCCCACAGAGACUGGGACCCGCGGGCCAAAUCACGUUUUUGCCUGGGACCUUGAAAUGGUAUUCUUCCCCCCAGCCACUGUUCCCUAGUUAAAAAUAUUGAAAGAAGAAUAUUCUGUGACUCGUGAAAAUUCUGGGAGGGUCAGAUCCCAGUGACCAUGAAUAAAGUCUUGU